CAAUCACCGUCUAAGAAAUUAACAGAAAAAACCCAACCCUAAUUUAAAAUCCUCGCGUCACGCUUCUUUUGCCAUAUCAAAUCAAAUUGGAUCUGCUGAAGGUACAAUCAAGAUCACGAACAUCACGAAAACCAAGUCUUCACAGCAAUUGAAGAUGGUCGGGGGCAAUAACGCCAAGUCAACGCCUCAAAAGCCUCCAACAACCUCCGCUCCCACAUCCGCCGCCGCCGCCUCUUCUUCUUCCCAUCAUCGCAAAUCUCGUUGGGGCUCAAACAGCAACGAUGGUGGAAGCAGUAAGAAUAACACCUCAAACAACAAGCAGACGACGACGGGCGGCCAGAAAAUCCCCGAUAAGAAACAUCCCAAUCCUUCCCCUAAUCUAGCUCCGAUGCCGAGCCAAUCCCGUCCUAAUAAUCACCCCAAUCAACAACCCUCAUCAUCGCGUUCCGCGGCGCAAUUCGCUUUCCCAGAUCCGUCGGCGGCGCUGGGUGCUCCUCCUGCGCCGACUUACGGGUUCCAUAUGCUCGAGCGUCGUACCAUCGCUCUCGUCGACGGAAGUGUUCGAUCAUACUUCGCGCUUCCUCCUAAUUACCGUGAUUUCCCUCCCAAACCCAGACUCCCUGAUCAGGCUGCUAAUAGAUUUAUGGGAUCGGAAUUCGGUAGAUUCCCUCCGUUUCAUCCAGAGGAAUUCAGAGAUCAACGGAAUCUCUGGGAUCGUCCCGAAGGCCCGAUGAAACGGAAACAUCCAGGGGAAGAGGAGAUUGAUAGGAGGGGGGAUGAGAGAGGGGAGAUGAUGAGACAAAGACAGCAGUUUAUGCACUAUUCGAGUCCUAAUGAUCAGUCACUUAUGGCUGGUACAACUAGGAGGGAUGGUGGAGAAGAUGGUAGAGCAGCUAAGCAUAUGCGUGUUGGAUCAAGUAGGAAUGAGAAUGGUGGAGGUCAGGUUGAUCAGGUUGCGUUAAAGAAAGCGUUUUUGGAUUUUGUUAAACGGAUUUACGAGGAUCCCUUGGAGAAGAAGAACUUAUUGGAGAACGGGAGGAAAGGGCGGCUUCUUCAGUGUCUCGUCUGUGGCAGGUCUCCCAAAGACGUCCAGGAUACACAUGGUCUGGUAAUGCACGCCUACUAUUGCGAUGAUAUUAGCUCACGUGUGCGUCACUUAGGCCUACACAAAGCUCUAUGUGUAUUGAUGGGAUGGAAUUUCUCAAAGCCCCCUGAUAAUUCGAAGGCAUACCAGAAUCUACCUGCGGAAGUGGUAGCAAUCAAUCAAGACGAGCUGAUUCUCUGGCCACCUCACAUUAUUGUUCACAAUACGAGUACAGGGAAGGGUAAAGAUGGGCGUAUGGAAGGUCUUGGAAGCAAAAGAAUGGAUGACAGAAUUAGAGAAUUAGAAUUCAACGUUGGGAAAUCAAGAGCACUGUAUGGAAGAGACGGUCAUUUAGGAAUUACCCUCUUUAAGUUUGCGGGAGACGAUUCAGGGCUCAAGGAAGCUUUGAGAAUAGCAGAAUACUUUGAGAAGACGAACCGUGGGCGUAAAAGUUGGGCCGGGUUACCACCAUUCACUCCAAGCAAAGAUGAUGAGAAAAACCCUAGUCUUAUGGAAGUUGAUGGUAAGACAGGUGAGAAAAGGAGGGUCCUUUAUGGUUAUCUGGCGACCGUAAAAGACUUGGACAAAGUCGAUAUGGAGACGAAGAAGAAGACCAUAAUUGAGAGCCUAAGAGAAAUCGCAGGAUCAAAGUGAAUUAUACAGGUCUCUUCCAGAAGGUACACUUUAAUUUCAGGGUAUUUAUUGCCUAUUGAAUCUGUAUGUUUUAGUCAUAAGCAAAGUUCGUAGUUUUUUUUUUAAUUAUAUGAUGGAAUAAAGUUUCUUCGUUUCCGUGAUCCUUUGAUUCAGUGAUCACAUUGCAUAUAGACUAAAAUGGAUGUGGCCUGAUAUACUAUACGAGCUUCUGUCUAAUUGUGAUAUAGUGCUUGAUGCUUUUGAGUUUUGAUGUCCCUGUUAAUGUUUUUUUAUCUUUGUUCUUCCUUCCCUUUUGUAUGUUAUCUUGUCGUUUGGCUUUAGCCAGCUAAUUAAAACUAACACCUGUACAUAUUCAUAGUCCUAUGGUUGCUUUGUUUUCUCUGCUAAAAUGGAGAAAUAAAGAGAUGCGAGUGUUGAACCAAACAAUGGUAUCUUAGUGCCUUUUGUAUAUGUAUGACAUUGAGUUAGUGUUGUCCUGUUUUUCAUACUAUUACAGCAAUUGUUGUGGUCCCUAGCUAGGUAAUAAUAACUUCUUUGGUGUUAAAAUUUUAUGAUUUGGGAUGAAUAAUAAAAAGCAGAUAAGAAGAAGCAUUGUAUCCUCGGGGUGCUUUAGUCAGUAGAGUAUAUAUGAAUCUUGUUUCUCCUAUUCACUUUGUUUCUCUGUUUAAUUGAUAAGUUAGGUAUAAAAGGG